UAGUGAAAGCUGUGUGUCGGCGCGCGCCGAACGCCUCGCUGCAAAAUGGUUUCAUUGUAUUUUUGAAUUUAAUAAUUUUUUAAACGUCGCGUGUGCGCUUGAUUCGUUUCCCAGUAUUUUCUAUCAUAAUAUUGUGGAAGCAGUCUCGCACCGGCCGAUUACAAUAAAACAACUACCUGGAACAUAAACAACGACAACAUGGAUCUCUUAGACAAAACUAUCGAAAUGGACAACGGCAACGACCCAAGCAUACCGGAUCUCAACCAGGAAGUGGUGGAAGCGGAGGGCAUAGCGGACUUCUUCGCCAACAGCGUGGUGUUCGUGACCGGCGGCACCGGCUUCGUGGGCAAGGCGCUGCUGGAGAAGCUGCUGCGGAGCUGCCCCGGGAUAGACACCAUCUACGUGCUCAUGCGGCCCAAGAGGGGGCUCUCCGUCGAACAGAGAUAUAAGGAGCUGCUCAAGAAUCAGGUGUUCGACCUUGUCCGCGCGCGCUGGCCCGAGCGGCUGGCCAAGCUGCAGCCGGUGGCGGGCGACGUGGCCGCGCCGGGGCUGGGCGUGGCGGCCGACCAGCUGCCGCUGCUGCGCCGCGUGCACGCCGUGUUCCACUCCGCCGCCACCGUGCGCUUCACCGAGUCGCUGCCCGUGGCCACCGCGCUCAACGUGCAGGGCACCGCCACCCUGCUGCAGCUGGCCAAGGACAUGCCCCUGCUCAAGGCGCUGGUGCACGUGUCGACGGCGUACAGCAACGCGCCGCGCUCGCGCAUCGAGGAGCGCGUGUACCCGCCGCCCUGCGAGCCCGACGCGCUGCUGCGCUGCGCCAAGCUGCUGCCCGCGCGCACCGUCGACCUCAUCGCCGACUCGCUGCUCGGUGAGCACCCGAAUCCCUACACGCUGACCAAGGCGCUGGCGGAGACCAUCGUGUACAGCCACACCGACUUGCCCGUCUGCAUCGUGCGACCCUCCAUUGUGACCGCUGCGGUCCAGGAGCCCUACCCCGGCUGGAUCGACAACAUUUAUGGAGUUACUGGUAUAAUAAUGGAGAUCUCCCGCGGCACGUACCGCUCGGGCUACUGCCGCGAGCGCUGCGUGGUGGACCUCGUGCCCGUCGACACGCUCGUCAACAACUGCAUCCUCGCCGCCUGGCGGCAGGCCUCCAAGAAGCCGGGCCACUGCCCCGUGUACCACGUGACGUCGGGCCCCAUCGACCCGCUGCAGUGGGGACACUUCACGCGCCUCUGCGUCAAAUGGGCCCGGGAGAACCCCACCAAAUACGUGAUGUGGUACCCGAACUUCUCGUUCACGGAGUCACGCGCGCUGAACACGUUCUGGGAGCUGACGUGCCACUUCCUGCCCGCCUUCCUCUACGACCUGCUGCUGCGCGCGCAGGGACGCAAGCCCAUCAUGAUGUCUAUCGCGCGGCGCUUCAAGAUGGCGGCGGCGACGGGCGAGUACUUCGCCAACCGCGAGUGGGAGUUCGGCGCGAGCGAGGUUGCCGCGCUGCGCAGCGCCGGGCGCGCGGCGCGGGACGGCAACGCCUUCCCCGCCUGGCCGGCCGCCUUCAGCUGGGACGCGUACAUCGCCGCCUACAUGCUCGGCAUCCGCCGCUACGUGCUGCGCGACUCGCUCGACUCGCUGCCCGCCGCCCGGACCAAGCUCAGACGAUUAUAUUGGGUGCACCGGAUAUUCCAGGCUGUCACCGGUUACUACCUCUUCAGGUUCCUCGCGGGAAGAUUUCGGUAGAACUAAUAAAUGCUGUCAUUAAAUUGACCUACUGUGUUAAAAGUAGUCUGAUCUUUUCCUAGUAAUUUCAACGUAACUUCGAUAUUUUAUCAAUGACAUUACAAAGUGAUUUAUAAUGGUUUUUACACACGAUUUGUAAUGUAGUAUUGUUAGACAGAAUUGAUCACUUUUAAAUAAAGUUUGAUUUGAUCUAAGUAACUGUUAGUAUGUUAGUUUUGUAACGUUGAAAUUAUAUUAGAAAAACUAUCGGACUUGACAGAAAUAGACAACAAACAGUAACAUUUGAAUAUGAACUAUUUAAAAAAAAAACACGAAUUAUUACGAAAGACUUUCUCACAUUAUUUAAUUACUUUUAUUCUUUCUUAAAGAUAAUUUGGUAAAAGAUAGAAUAAAAGAAACGGAAAAUUAAGUACAUCUGUACCUGUUUAUAAACAGGAUAUUUUGCUAAGGUAGUCCAAAAUGAAUUUAAAUAGAUAUUUGUCAUCUUUUAUAAUCCAAAUUUAGCAUAAAAAUGUUGACUGGCCUUAGAAACAAUUAAUAUCCUGUUGUAUGUACUUUAGUAGUUGAUUACUGCAAGUCAAUAAUUUCCCACGAUUAUUUGUUUGUACUGAUCUAUGAAAGUGCCUUAAUAUUUGAAAUAAAGAAAAGUUUAAAAAUAUUUUACGAUCUCUACCGAAUUUACAUAAGAAUUGUAAAAUUGAAUAAUGAAUCUGAACACAUUAGCACAAUCUUUGAACUGUAAUUCACCUCCUGCGCCAUUUCCAUCUAGUCUAACAGGUGUCUACAAAAAUAAAUGCAUUAUUUAUAAAAUAUGUUAUCAUGUGGAAAAUAUCAAUCUACCGUCCGAUAUUUAAUAUUUUUAUUCGUAUGAUGCUCUGAAUUAUGUAAGUAAUUUUAAUACCAAUUAUUAUGGAGGUACUUAAUACUAGAUUUUAGUAAGUUAUGAGCGAUUUAAGAAAAUAUACAUUGUUUUCUUUAUAAGAGUUAUUUCUAUACAAUAGCAAUGGAUUGCAUAAGUAAUAAUAUUAUAUAGCAUCAUAGGAGGCUUUAGAUAUAAGUUUUCAAUUGAAUAUAAGAUAGGUAAUAAAUAAAAUGUUUCAAUGAAUCGGAUUGGUUUACAUCGUAAUAAAAUAUUAUGUUUACACA